AUGGAAGUGGUGCAGGAUGACAGGAGGUUGAGCACAAUGGACGUCUUCUCGCUCAUUUCUUCACCUUCUUAUUCACCAACUGCCCUUCGCCACCUUCCCCAACCGGUUCCUAACAAUCUGCCCCCCGGUAUAGAUGGCUCUGUAUUCACAUUUGAAGAUGCCUUCGAAGAUCUACUCGCUGUUUCGCAAGGCCAGAACCUCCCCGACAUCACAACCCGUUUUCAGCAAAGGCAACUUCUUCGGGACAUGUUUCCCUCAGGAGAACCCACGUGGUUCUGGCUUCGACGACUUGAGUCCCAAGGCUUAGUACAGGUUUCCAGCCGCCCGCAAUUCUUCAAAGCACACCAACCGGAUUGGUCUAGCUUUCACGACGAGCUCGACAAGCGCGCGGCCGACGCCUGGCGGAGUGUCAGUAAGGGCUACGGAAGUAAUGACCCGGGUUCCGGAGACUUCUUUGAAGAGCUGGGCAAGGCCUUCAAACAACUGGAACGAGGAUUUUUGGGCCAGAGCACGACGAACCGUGAUUGGGACCGCAAAGACAGGGACACGCCGGCCAAAGAACCAGGCAAAGAACCGGACACAUUUGAGGAGUUGUUUUCGGAGAUAUCCUCCAAAUUCAAGGAGAGUACUUCUUCGUGGGAUACCUUUAUUAAGACCAUAACGGAGGACGCCAAGGCUAAGGAUUUGAAGGGAGCGAAGCAGACGCAGAAAGACGACGACAAGACUCAGAUUGUGACCAACGAAGACGAGUACGUGGACCGAUUUGGCUACUUGCAUAAGACUGUUACCCGAAAAACAUUGGAUGCACAAGGAAAUGAAGUUGGCAGUGAAACAUAUGUGACUAUUCGACCGGUAGAUAAACAUCUGGACAACGAGGACAAGGACGAAAGCGACCAUCAUGGACUUCUCGAUCAUGGAACGGACAAAAAGAAAACCAAUUGGUUUUGGAAAUAA